AUGAUUUUCGAAUCUCUGCCGCGAAUCAACGUCGAGGACUGCUCCCUAGCCGACUCCGACUCCGACCAGGACGACUCGAACCGCCCACGCCACUCCCCCUCUUCCCCCGCCCGCCUGCCCGCCCCUCUGGCCCCCACCCCCUCGCCCGACCCCGUCGCCAGUCCCGACCACGACCUCGACGUGGAGGAGGACACGCCUCCAGGCGAGGCGCCCGAGAACCUGUCGGUGAAGCGCGAGACGCGACCCAGCCCCGAGACCACGCCCCCGCCCCUCCACGGCCACGCCCACGGCUUCGUGGCGUAUCACCAGCAGUUCUCCCACCAGUUCGCUGGGCACUUUCAGCCGCAAUUGGCGGCGCAGAGGAGCCCGGUGGACGUGCUGAUGAGGGUAUUUCCGGGACGGAGGCGGUGCAAAGGCGACGUCCUCCAAGCCAUGGAGCUGAUGGUCAGCGGCGUCCAAGAAGACCUCUCCGCCCCCUCGGCCUUCUCCCCGCUCGGCCCGCCGCCCGCCUUCCACCGCUACGGCCCCGCGCGGCGAUUCCUGGCCGCCCCGUACGCCGGCACCGGCUACCUGCCCACCGUCAUCCGCCCGCCGCCCGACUACCUGUCGCUGGUGGGGCAGGUCCACGAGGCGUACAAGGGCGGCGACAAUGCUACGGCUAGCUCGCCCGGGUCCAAUACCGGCUCGGAUAAGACGAGCUACUCCGAGUAG